AUGAUGGCCCAGCCGCACGGGCUCUACGCCCAGCCGAUGGGCGGCUACUACCCCCAACAAAUGCAGUAUCCCCAGCAACACCAACAGCCCCAAUUUCAAAUGCCAUCCCAGCAGGUUCAGUCUUACGUUCCCCCCGUCCCGAGCUCAGCAGAAUACGAGUACCCAGGCUCGAGUUUCGGCGCUCCAAAGUCCGACUUUGGCAAGUCAAUCAAAGACCACGGCAUUCCCACGGCCAAAGACGGCCGCGUGGAUACAAACAGAGCGGCUAGGCUGCGUAAAAUGAUGAAAAACGUUAUGUUAAAAUCUUCAAAAAGCAGGGGCUCGGCAAUUUCGAUGCCUUCUGCCCCCGCUGCCCCAGCCCCUGCUGCUCCCCCCGCUGCUCCCCAAAUUCCCGCUCAUCCAGUAGUGCCCGUAAACACCCCACCUCCCAUUCCCCAAACAGCAUCACCCGCAGUCGUUUAUGAAAAUCACGGCGUCCCACAGACAGUUCUUCCGCCUUCAGUCUACCACGUGGAUAACUCGCAGCCGCCCGAGCUUCCCAGCAGCAACAUCAGCAACAUUCUAGCGACGGAAGAAAACGAGCUGCUUUUCCUUGUUUUCAUUUCAGUGGCCGGUGUGUCGCUGAUUUGCAUUUUGGCGCUGGCACUGUAUCUUUUGAAAAGACGCCGUCGCUCAGCAGAAAUUUCGGUCGCUGAAGAUGGCCGCUUUGAACAGUUCAAGGAUCCGGGCCCGCUCUCCAGCCACUCCUCCUACAUCGACCCCGGCAACUUGUCCUGCAGGGAAAUGGAGACGAAGAAGUACAACUGCAAAAAUAUACCCGCGCCAAAAGACUUUAUGGAUAAGAAGGACAUCGAAAUGGUGAGAACGCUGAGUAGAGCUCCUGCUCAAGAAGAACUCUACCGAAUACGAUCGAACGAGUCAAAGGACUCCGGCUUCUCUAACUCGCGGAUAUCAAGAAAGGUCUCCUACAUCGCGCAGCUAAAAACUUGA